GAAAACUCCAUGAAAUGCUCGCGCGCUGUGCAAAUAAAAUUUCUAUAAAUUGAAAUAGUGAAUUCGGUGAGUGAACCAGUCAGUGCUGUCUCAUCGACGAAAACAAAAGAUUACAACAACAAAACCAAAGCAAAUAAAAGGAUUUGUGAUUAUAUUGUGACUAAAUAAAUCGCAACUAAAGUGCCACCCGGAAUUUAUCCACAUACUAUUUAUAUUUAGCACCGAUUUUGUUUUCUAAGAAAACAAUCCACCAAAAUGAAAUUUUUAGUGCUUAUUUUGUUGACAAUUGCCGUAGCUUUUGCUAUUCCUGUCGAAUUGGAUUCGGGCGAUGAAUCACAAUUGACUUUAGUCGAUCUUGAUAACGAUCAACUGGCCGCCGAUGAUAAUGUACCCGACGUGGCUCGUUCGAAGCGUUUUAUUUUGAAGAAAAUUGCACUGAUUAAAGCUGGCGCACUCGGUGUUGGUGCUUUGGGCCUAGCAGGUGCUGCUAUUUCAGCUAAAUCGGCUCUUGGUGGUGGUUUCAACGGUGGCUCCAACCAAAUCACACAAGGAUACGGAUCAGCUUAUGGUUAUGGCAAUUCAGGACCAUCUCUUACCACUGCCUAUCCGUCGCCUUCCUACAUUACUAGUCAAACUUAUGUGCCACCACAAACCUAUGCUCCACCACCACCACCACAGCCAGCCUAUGUUCAACAGCAAGCUUAUGUAGCCGCACCACAACCAUCAUUCACUGGUCCAAUCAACAGCGCAUUGGCAUGGAAAGCUGGAAUCGCUAAUAAUUUUGUCAGCGGAAUUAGCAGUGGAUUCUCCAAUUCAGUUCAACAGCCUGUCGUUGGUUACUCCUAUGGCGCCCCUCCACCACCACCACCACAACCGAUUGCCGGUGGUCCACUGCCGAACAAACCAGUUUACGUAGUUUGCGAUAGCCACAACUAGUUUCGUUUUUGUUGCAUAUUUCGAUUUUUUAAGUAUGAGUUUUUAACAAUAAAAAUGUUGUAAAUAUUACGAAUCAGACUUCUUUGCCAAAAAAAAGUAUUAAAUCAGUAACUAUAGCGAUUUGUUUUAAUAAAAGUCGAAACGAACGAAUUAUUCGA